AUGAGUGCUCAACGUCUUCGGGUUGAUAAUGUAGAUUUACCUCUGCUUUUGUCAUUUGACGAAUAUUGGCAGAGAGGCGCAUUUGAAGAGGUAUCGAGCAAGCUGGACACCUCGCUGACGAGUCUUCUCCUGGAGCUGGAGAAGGCGGGGUCGGAGACUGCGCUCGCAGCAUCUAGUCGGGUGACGACGGCGCGGUGGCCGAGAGCGAGCGAUGUAGAAUUCCUAGAUGAAAUUAUGAAGAAGUAUGGCAGUUUGGUCCCACUCAGUGAAAAAGAUGUUCUUGGGCGACUAAAAGAUGUCUUUAAUGAAGAUUUUUCUAAUAGAAAACCAUUUAUUAAUAGGGAGAUAACAAACUAUCGAGCCAGACAUCAAAAGUGCAACUUUCGAAUUUUCUACAACAAGCACAUGCUAGACAUGGAUGAUCUGGUGACCCUGGAUGGUCAGAAUUGGCUGAAUGACCAGGUUAUUAAUAUGUAUGGUGAACUGAUAAUGGAUGCAGUUCCAGACAAAGUUCAUUUCUUCAACAGCUUUUUUCAUAGACAGCUGGUAACCAAAGGAUAUAAUGGAGUAAAAAGAUGGACUAAGAAGGUGGAUUUGUUCAAAAAGAGUCUUCUGUUGAUUCCUAUUCACCUGGAAGUCCAUUGGUCUCUCAUUACCGUGACACUGUCUAAUCAGAUUAUUUCAUUUUAUGAUUCCCAAGGCAUUCAUUUUAAAUUUUGUGUAGAGAAUAUAAGAAAAUAUUUGCUGACUGAAGCCAGAGAAAAAAAUAGACCUGAAUUUCUUCAGGGUUGGCAGACUGCGGUUACAAAGUGUAUUCCACAACAGAAAAAUGACAGUGACUGUGGGGUCUUUGUGCUCCAGUACUGCAGGUGCCUCGCCUUAGAGCAGCCUUUCCAGUUUUCACAAGAAGACAUGCCCCGAGUGUGGAAGAGGAUUUACAAGGAGUUGUGUGAAUGCCGGCUCAUGGACUGAAACUCAGCAGGGACUCUUGGGAAGUCUGACCAGUUGGAGCAGGUGGCUUGUUACUUGAAUCUCCAAACACUUAUUUGAAUUUUUACAGAUAUUCAGAUCAGUGGCAUUGGACCACUAUUGUUACCUCAAAUUUAUUUCUGCCCUUAGUCAUUUCUCCAGCGACCAUGUACUAUUUUAAUGUUCAGUUUGGUUUCACUUAAUUUUAUGGAUU